AUGCCGCCGCGGCUGCAUACGUCGAGGGCGAGGACGAAGGAAAAGGAGGCCGAGAACACCGUGGUGCACCUGACGGCCCUCGGCCCGGAGGGGCAGCAAGUCCGGGUGGACACCACGCGCUUCGCGGAGACCAGGGUGAUCCGCAACCAGAUCGCCGUGCAGGUGCAGGUGCCCCCCGACGAGAUGCAGCUACAGGUCGACGGCGAGGUGCUCUGGGAGGUCCACGGCCGUCCGUUCGAGGGCUGGGAUGCCGACGAGCUCGCAGGCCCGCCCGGGCCCGUGGUGCAGUGGUGGCGCUGCUCGAGGCUGCGGGCGCUCCUGGAGCACCGAGGGCUUUCCGGAGUGAACGCCGUGGGGAGGUUCGGGCGCAGCGCGCUGCACUUCGCCAUCGCGGGGGAUUGCUCGCUAUGCCGCCUGAUAGUCGAGGACGAGACCUUCGAGGAGGCCACGGUGGACCUGCAGGACCAGUUCGGGGACACGCCGCUGAUGCUCGCGGCCAUCCUGGGCUUCGACACAUCGUGUCGGUGCUGGUGGGCAAGAGCGCGUACGUCGAGACACGGAGCGGGGCCGGACGGACGCCCCUGGCGCUGGCGGCGGAGCACGGCCACAGGUCCGUGGUGA